GGCUCGAUGUAUUAAAAAUAGCAUGAAUUACAUAAUUUCUAAAAAAUUCUUUUUUUUUUACAUAAUACCCUCAAUAUAUAUGUUGAAAAGGAUGCGGAAAUUUUUUUGAGGGAUAAUAGUGUCUUUAAGCAUGUUAAUGCAUGCAUUCGAUCCAUUGCAUUAUUAAUGUCAUGGAUUUUGAGGUAUUAGUAAUACACCUCAAUAUACAAUAGAGUUUAUAACUAAUGCAAGCAUUAGUUAUACAUUGGGUAAAAAGAUAUACCAAACAAGGUACUACUAAUACAUAUUAAACUAAUGCAUGCAUUAACUUUCCAAUACACUCUACCAAACGACCCCUAUGUUUUUUUUUAAAAAAGAACCUUGAUGCUUUAAGAAAAAAGGAAGUGACCUUCCUUAAACAAAAAAUAAAGAACCAAAAUAAUAACUAAUAUUAAGGCAUCCAAACAGCCUAGCACAGUUAAUCCAGACGCUGACUUUUGUCCAGCUGUGGGUGGACUAAGUAGUUUUUCACUAAUUCUUUCUUGAGAUCUGCAGAAGUAGUUUUUCACUUGUUCUUUCUUGAGAUCUGCUGCUCAAAUCAGCAAAUGUGUUCCAUAUUCUAACUUCGAUUUCCUUUAGCUCCCUCCUGAAUACUGUCCGUUACGCAAGCCCUUCUUCAGCAAGCAGAAGGGAUUACGGAAUUCUCCCUCUGAAGACCCCUAACACAAUCUUGGUUUAGUUAUCUAGCGGAAAGUCAAAGAUUUAUUUGAACAUUCCUCCAUUCCUAAUCUGAUGCAUUCAUCAGGUUAUUUCUACAUAAUUAUUUGGUUUCUAAUUCCAUUUCUGGUUGGAUCUGAAUCAACUGUGAAAAGCUCACUUGAUUCCUUACUUCAGCAAUAUGCUUUCAGGGAAUUGA